AAUCCUUCCGACGAUCGCAGACGAAAGCCAUGGACGCAGCAACAGCAAACGCUACCAGACACCAACCUUCAAGUGUACUCGAUACACGAAGAUUACCGACUCGAUCCUUACAACUACAUCAGGAUCUUAGCCACGACCAAAGGUGACUUGAAUGCUUCGUUGUACUGCAAUUACUUGACCGAAGAGAGCGCGAGCGCGACCAAAGCGACGCGCAUCGAAAUCUGGGCGGAAAACUGGAUCGACUUCAACAGAGACAACAACCACAAUCCGAAUCUCCUCUCCUGCCAGAUACCUGAAGGUAAAGUCCAGCUGCACCUCAGCUCCAAACCGUGCGACGUUUCUAAAGGAACCUUCGUCUACGCCAAAGCGAGCUCGGAUCGAAAAUCGGCGAAACCGUCGAGGAAGAACAAGAUCGCGGUUUGCGUUAAACCUCUUAACUUCCUGCAGGAUAUCUCGAAGAGGUUGAUGGAAUGGAUUGAAAUCAAUAAGAUCCUCGGAGCUACGCAUUUCGUCUUCUACGUGAACAAGGUCCAUCCGAACGUGCGGCGCACCCUGAAGCUCUACACGACGAGCGACAGAAAAUUCAAGAUCAUCAACUACACUAACCUCGGCGGCUGGGAGAUCUGGCAGAAGCGCAAGAACGAGAUACUGGCGUACAAUCAUUGCUUCUACUCGAGUCUGGAUCAAGUGGAUUUCGUUUUGCCUGUAGACAUAGACGAGAUCGUUGUGCCGAGGGUCCACUACAGAUGGCAGGAGCUGAUCCAGACUCUUCCAUCCGGUUACGCCUCGUAUUCGGCGCGAAACGCCUUCUACUUUCUACCCAACAUCCUCUCCAAUCAGACGUUCUUUCGACAGACCUUCAAUCGGAGCGAUUUCAGCCCUUUGGGGGAAUCGGGGAAGAGUUUCAUCUCGACGAAGAACGCGCUCACCGUCUUCAACCAUUACGCCCUGCACAUCCUUCGACCCGGCAUCAGUCGCACCCAUUUCAUACCAGAGUCUUUGGCCCAGAUGAACCAUUACCGGGCCAAAUGCCCCGAAGAUCUGAUGCCCGACUGCCUCAAGUACACCUCUAGUCAAUUUUUCGAUGACAUCAUCCUCAAGUACAAAAACAUCUUCGAGUUCAACUACAGCAGCAUGAAGAGAUACUUGUAACACUUAAAUACAAUUAAAUAAACUAUAUAUAUAUUAGUAUAAAU